GAACAAACAAGCUAAAAGACUUUUUGUGCGCUUAAUUUAUUAGGAGCUGGUAUGGGGCCUACUCUACUGUGGAACCUGUGGAAUAUUUAUCUUCCAUCCACACCCCCAACUUUUGACUAGUCAUUUCAAAAAAAAAAUUUUAACAACAUCCAUGUGCUUAUAAAUAAAGCUAAAGCUGCAUUAACAGAGACAUUGUGAUGAUGAUGAUGUCCUCCAUGGCUUCUUCUUCUUCUUCUCCUCAUUAUCUGCUUUUGCUGCUGCUGCUGGUAAUUCCUUGUUUUAUGUUUUGGGGGUGUGAGGCUCAAAGCAGUACUCCAGUAGUUAAGGGGCUUUCAUGGAAUUUCUACGACUCAAGCUGCCCCAAGGUGGGAUCCAUAAUCAGGAAGCAGCUGAAGAAGGUGUUCAAGGACGACAUUGGCCAAGCUGCUGGCCUCCUUCGCCUCCACUUCCAUGACUGCUUCGUUCAGGGAUGCGACGGGUCGGUGUUGCUGGAUGGAUCGGCAAGUGGGCCGAGCGAGAAGGACGCGCCGCCGAACCUCAGCCUGAGGGCAGAGGCGUUCAAGAUUAUCGACGACCUUCGCCGCCGCGUCCACAAGGAGUGUGGAAGGACCGUCUCCUGUGCUGACAUCACCGCCAUCGCCGCCCGUGACUCCGUCUUCCUGUCGGGCGGGCCGGACUACGACAUCCCAUUGGGAAGGCGGGACGGACUGACCUUCGCAACCCAAAACGCGACGCUGGCCAACCUCCCGGCGCCGACCAGCAACGCCACCACCAUACUGACCUCUCUGGCCACCAAAAACCUCGACGCCACUGACACCGUGGCGCUCUCCGGCGGCCACACUAUCGGGAUCGGCCACUGCACCUCCUUCACCAACCGCCUCUACCCCUCCCAGGACUCCUCCAUGGACAAGACCUUCGCCAAGAACCUCAAGCUCACCUGCCCCACCGCCAACACCACCAACACGACCGUGCUGGACAUCCGCAGCCCCAACAAGUUCGACAACAAGUACUACGUGGACCUUAUGAACCGGCAGGGGCUGUUCACCUCCGACCAGGACCUGUACACCGACAAGCGCACCAGGGAGAUCGUCACCAGCUUCGCCGUCAACGAGACGCUCUUCUUCGAGAAGUUCGUGUGGGCGAUGAAUAAGAUGGGGCAGCUGAGCGUGCUGACGGGAAACCAAGGGGAGAUUCGCGCCAACUGCUCCGUCAGGAACAGCGAUAAUGUUUCUGCGGGUGUGUUGGUAUCGGUGACGGACGAGGUGGAGGAGGCGGAGGAGUGGCUUUCGGAAUUUUAAUUAAGGCUGACUAGCUAGCGGCAGUGUACUACGCAUAAACUAGUGUGGUGUGGGUGUUUAAUUCCCAGUUGUAGUGAACGUUAAAUCUGUGUUUUUAACUCUAAUAAUUUGAGUAUGGGAUUGAGAUCCAUCAA